UCUUUGAAAAUGAAAUCAGAGUGGAAACCAACAAUUUGACUAGAUUAGUUUAAUUAAAUGGCUUCUGCCCUGUUGAAUUUGUUUUCACAUGAGUUAACAUCACUCCACAUUAUAUCAUAUCACACAAGGCAGUUUCUACCUAGCACCAACCACCUAAUUAUUACACUGAAAAACUCCAGGAAAAUUUCACAGAUUUAAUUUUAAACAGAAUCUAAUUUCCUGUUUCUCUGUGUUCUAGCAUUUCAUUUAAGCUAGAUAGGAAAUGUUCACAAACAUGUCUCAGUUUCAGAAUUAGAGUCCUGGGCAAAACUUCCAUUUAUUGUACUGAUCCUCACAGAAGAUGAUUCCUCAAUGGAACACAAUCUUUACAACAGAAAGCCUCCAAAACUUUACCCAGUAUUUCCCCUAGAUUUUGUUUUCCUAACUCUGGCCACCCCCUAGGAACUGGAUGAGUUGCAAAGGUUGGAAAGAGGAUGCACUCCAGAGAACACUUGAAGAAGCCACUGAGACUACGUGGGAAGAGACAUGGAUUUUUGGAGUAAUCCCUGAGAGGAAACAUAGAUUAAAUACAGCUUCACUAGUUAAAUGUCUCAGCAAAUUACUAGAAAGUAAGCACCUGGAGCCUCUAGAAAUUAAGGCAGUCCAAUGAACCACAGAGUGCUUUCACCUGAAGUUUUCCUCAACAGAGCCAAUGAGAAGAUGCCUUUAUGUUCAACAUUAUGGUGCCCAUCACUCUCUCCAAGCUGAGCCAGGAUAUCCAUCAUGCAUGAAAGAGAAAAAAGGACUAAUUGUCCACAUUACAACCACUGUUGUGAUAUACUGCAGAGUGCCUUUUACUUUAUAAUUCUGAUUAGUCAUCGUUCCUCAGUAGUAGAAGAGUGCAAAUGUUCCAUAUUUGAACACUUAAUAUUCAUUGGGUGAAAAGUGAAACACCCUCUGUGAAACCUAUCUGUAAAAUGAACAGUUAAAAUAGAUCAUCUGUACCAUUUCCCCCCCCAAUUCUAUGUCUUUUACUAUUAGGGACCAUCCUUCUGAAAUCUCACUUUCCAGGAGUAACCAGGCAGUAAGCCCUUCUCUCAGACUACCUGGGAAGACUGUAUACCAAGUGAGGAACAUUUAGAAGAAGACUAUUUAAUCAAGCUAUCAUUCUUGAGAUUUAAGACCCAUGAACAGGUCAGCAACAUACGUUGUGACUGAGUUUGUUCUCCUCGGAUUCCCUGGUUGCUGGGAGAUACAGAUUUUCCUCUUCUCAUUGUUUUUGACAAUUUACAUCUUGACCUUGCUGGGGAAUGGAGCUAUUAUCUGUGCAGUGAGAUGGGACCCACGACUACACACCCCCAUGUACUUCCUGUUGGAAAACUUUGCCUUCCUUGAGAUCUGGUAUGUUUCCUCCACCGUUCCUAACAUGCUAACCAACAUUCUCUCCAAAACCAAGGCCAUCUCAUUUUCUGGUUGCUUCCUCCAGUUCUAUUUCUUCUCUUCCCUCGGCACAACAGAAUGUCUCUUCCUGGCAAUAAUGGCUUAUGAUCGAUACCUGGCCAUCUGCCACCCACUGCACUACCCCACCAUCAUGACUGGGAAGUUCUGUGGAAUGCUGGUGUCUCUAUGCUGGCUCAUUGGGUUCCUUAGCUACCCAAUCCCCAUUUUCUUUAUCUCCCAACUCCCCUUCUGUGCAUCCAAUGUCAUUGAUCACUUCCUGUGUGACAUGGACCCACUGAUGGCUCUGUCCUGUGCUCCAGCACCCAUUACUGAACUUAUUUUCAAUAUUCAGAGCUCCCUUUUCCUUUUCCUCACUAUUCUAUAUAUUCUUCUAUCCUACACUCUGCUGCUCAAAGCUGUUUUUCAGGUCCCUUCUGCAGCUGUCCGGAAAAAGGCCUUUUUCACCUGUGGUUCUCAUUUAGCUGUGGUGUCUCUUUUCUAUGGAACAGUCAUGGUAAUGUAUGUGAGCCCUACCUAUGGUAUGCCAACUUUGAUGCAGAAGAUUCUCACACUGGUAUAUUCAAUAAUGACUCCUCUCUUUAAUCCCCUGAUCUAUAGUCUUCGUAAUAAGGACAUGAAACUUGCUCUGAGAAAUCUCCUGUUAAGCAUGAGAAUUAGUCAUAAUUCAUGAGCCAGAAAUGUGCCUUACUUCCAAGCUCUAAUAAAUAAUAAUUUGGAGAUGUAUAAGUUCCUUCCAUGAUCUUUUAGUCCUUAUUUUGAGGACAAAAAUACCUAU